UGAUGACAACGACCAGUGGCGGCGCUAGCCAGAGCAGGGCCCCAAGCAGUGAAGGGGCCCCGAUUCAAGGAGAUUUUUUUUUUUUUAAAACAGCACUUGGAGUCUGUAGUGUUGUACUGGUUUAAAAACAGGCUAUGUGUUUUGUUCGAUGAAAGCGAUGCCGAAACACACAUUUUGUAACCAGGAAGUCUGCAGUCAAAUACUGUAUAAUGCCUUCUCAUAAAACUAUUGGUUGCAUUUAUAACAGCAGCGUUUGCUGUAGGGUGUUCGCAGGGCAGUGCAAACACACACACAGUGUGCAGGAUUUGUGUAGCGGAGGGGAAAAAAUGGAGAUGGAAUCAAUACAAAAAGAAAAAACGCCCCCUGUAGUCACUGUGUCCAUGAGCAGUGAGUUGAACGUGCCGAUGGGCUCCCCCGCUCAUGGCUGCUCGGAGCGGGGCAGUGUGGGAAGGAUGGAUUACCGGGACUGGGUGCGGCGCAGCUAUCUGGAGCUGGUCUCCUCCAACCACCACUCUGUGCAGGCCCUGUCCUGGAGGAAGCUCUACCUGAGCAGGGCCAAGCUGAAGGCCUCCAGCCGCACCUCGGCUCUGCUCUCGGGGUUUGCCAUGGUAGCUAUGGUGGAGGUCCAGCUGGAGAUGCAGUAUAACUACCCCCGAGUGCUUCUGAUUGCCUUCAGUGUGUGCACCACAGUGCUGGUGGCAGUACACUUGUUCGCCCUGCUCAUCAGCACCUGCAUCCUGCCCAACGUGGAGGCUGUGAGCAACAUCCACAACCUGAACUCUGUGAACGAGUCUCCCCACGAGCGCAUGCACCACUACAUUGAGCUGGCCUGGGGCUUCUCCACCGCCCUGGGCAUCCUGCUCUUCCUAGCCGAGGUGGUUCUGCUGUGCUGGAUCAAGUUCCUUCCAGUAGACUCUGGGGCCAUGCAGCCCAGUACCAGCGGCUCCCAGGCCCACUCUCCUCCUGGGUACGCGGGCUGGCAGGCAGCCCUGGCCUCCACCAUCAUCAUGGUGCCCGUGGGGGUCAUCUUCGUGGUGUUCACCGUUCACUUCUACCGCUCCCUGGUGCUACACAAGACUGAGCGGCACAACCAGGAGAUUGAGGAGCUGCACAGGCUGAAGGUGGAGCUGGACGGGCAUGAGAAGAACGUGCAGGUGGUCUAACCUGCCAAAGCCUCUAUGUCUAUUGCCAAUACUGAGCAGGCCAGCUGUAUCAGAUUCUGCAUGUGUGCUAAAAACUAAAAGGAGACUGUUUUCAAAGAAAAUCCAUUGCAACCUCAAGAGUGCCUAAAGGAGCAUCAUGGAUGUGGGUAAAACUUAGGAGCAGGGAGCAAUCCAAGGAUAUUUCUUUGAAAAUGCCCAGCUCUUUUCAGUAGUUUUGACUUCUGUAGCAUUUUCUCUGAAAUAUCUGCAUAUUCCAUAUUGAAGUGGACCAAAAGAUCUUCAACAGAAGAGAAGGGGGGCCAAUCGUUAGUGCAAAUAAGGAGUAAGAAAAUUGAUUUUACAACCUUGUUUAGUAGCCCUUUAAGAUAUAUUUUUAAACCGUUUCCUCCAGUCUAGUGACAAACCAUUUGGCAUGCCACUUUGAGUCCUUAAAUUAACAUUCCUUGAUGACAGACCUUGAUGAAUCUGUCCCUGAGUGUUUACACUGAUAAAGCCAUUAGCUAUGCCUUUGUCUGCUUGACUUAGGGGUCGAUUUAAAUAACCCAUAACUGCCAGGAUAAGCCACAGCUGGAUUUUUAUAACACUUUUAUAGCACUGUGGACUGCAUUAGCCUGGACUGCAUCUGUUGCUAUUUCAUGACUAAAAAUAAGUGGUUGACUCAAUCCAGUUGCUCUAAAUAAAAUCCAGCUGUGGUUUACACCAGCAGGGUAAGAGCUGAACAAACCAACCCCUUGGUUUCCUGUAGUUUUACAUAUAAUGUAGUGUUUGAAAUAUGUGUGCAGCAUUGUCAGAGACUGACUCUACUGCAUGCCCCAUACUACAGGAGAUGGCUACUUCUAUCAUGGUUCUCCCUAGGUGUAAAACUCCAAGCAUAUUCCCUGAAAUAGGGUUUGGGAAUGGAUUAAUAUCCUGGGGCUGUGCAGCAGUUCUAACACUGGGCUGUGUUGCUAACUUAACAGUUGUCUAACUGUAUUUUACUUGGGGUGUCUAUUUGUUUCCUUGUGACCAGUUUGUAUUCAACAAGGAUAGAUCUUCCACAGGUAAAGCUGGACACAUCUCUAUAUGAACCACAGCACCAUUGGAUUGGAAAUGAAGCAGCUUUCUGUAGCCAGACCAAGUGCCCUGCAUUGGAAAGCUGGGGAAUCUCAUUACAAUACAGGCAGCUGAUUUACUGGAAGUGCGGGAGUGACUCAUGCAUUGGAAGGUUGUAUCCAAGGAUUUAACCUCUCUUGUCAGUAUGUUCCCAUCAAACAGCAGAACUGUAAAACAGACUUCAAGUGCACUGCAGGUUUUGUACAGAUCGUGUGUG